UUCAGAGGGAGUAAAUGCACUGUGGGGACGCUGUAUGUUUCGCCAUGAUUGUCUACGGAGCAUAUCAAGCCCUCGCCUGUCUGCUUUUUGUUCUGAUGGCAGGAGCAGAGGUGCAGGAAAAUCUGUCUCCUGAAUGUAAACAAUUCCUGUACAUGGGCACGCUGCCUCGAGGGCUUGAGGAGCAGCCAUUUAAAAAGAUCUGCCAGUUCUAUGAUGGAAAACCAAGAUUUGUGACUCUGUAUGACACCGUCAGCCACAUUCCUGUUUAUUCUGCCUACACCUUCAAGCGCUCAGAUGGCAUGAAGAGGGUUUAUGUGCCUUGGAUGUAUGAGCCACAGCUGUCCACAGUGUCUGGCUCCAGAGAGAUGCAGCAGUACCCUGCAGAAGAUGUUCAUAGGGGUUUUGAAGAUGCACAGGCUGUCCUUGAUGACUACUCUGACACUGUUAUCUUCGAGCGCGGACAGCUGAAUCCAGACGAGCACCAGGCCGACCCUGACGACAAAGCAGCCACCUACACCCUGACAAAUGUGGUCCCACAGGUCCGAGAGUUCAACAUCGGCCCCUGGAAAAACCAUGAGAACACCAUCCGCAAGCGGCUCAACAACUACUGCCGAGGCACAGCCUAUGUGGUCACCGGGGUCACCACCUCGGGUCACACAAUCCGCCGCGGGAACAUUAACCGCCUGGGCAUCCCCACCUACUUCUGGUCGGCUUACUGCUGCGUUGAUUUUGACCACAAUGCGCCAUUCUCCGAGCGCUCAAAGCUCCCUGUGUUUGCAGCUUAUGGGCUCAACAACAAGGAGAAUAAUAAGGUUCAGGAAAUGUCGGUGCAGCAGCUGGAGGACUUCCUGAAGAGGGUAACUUAUGUUGGCAGCUCUUUCCAGAUCUUCUAUGACAACUGUGUGCCUCCUAAUAGUGAUAACAGUGCUCUGCACCAGCCUUAAAAACAUGGAGAUGGUCCAUCAGAUUUAGUAUAGGUUCAAAUUUACAUCAAUGUCUGAUUAAAAAUUAAUCAAUAUUCAUUUAAAAUGUUUUAUUCUAAAUUUUGCUCAUAUUAUAAUGCUAGGUUUUGCACAUUGCUCUGCAAGGGACUGGUGAUUAAAAAUAUUUUCCCCAUUUAAGAAAUAAUAGUUAAUCAUUAUCAUUUUCAUUGGGCCUGUGUUCUUCUCUCCACUAGCACACAGAUUUGCUUAAAAAUACUUUCCUUCUUAAACACAGUGUACACUGUAUAUCAAAAUAACCUUAGUUAAAUAGCCCACUUACUGGUUUCUAAGUGGAUAUACACUCUUCCACUGAUGUCUGUCAGAAUUUUAAAGUAUUUAAAAGUAUUUAUUCCCUUUGCAACUAAAGUUCUCCAUAUAUUAUUCUCUGAUACAGAAUGCUGAUUAUUAUUUCAGUUGUGUUGUGUUGAUUGGACAAGCUUAAAAAGCUUUUGUUGUGCAUAAACUCACCAUGGAAAACCUACAGCGUAUAUGGUAGUACUCAUCACUCACUUUAUCUUGACAACUUAUCCUCUUAAUGACUGGGAACUACACCUGCCUGUGUAGGCCUUUUGUUCACCACAGACAGAUUAGAUCAACAGUUUUACAUUUUCAUAUACAGCCUUUUAACUGCAGCACUUACUAUGCUCUUCUCAAACUGAAACAAAUCCUGCACAAACUGGGCCAACAUCCACAAGUUUUUGUCUUAUAAAUUACAAGGAUAUUGACAUAUGUAACACAUUUUACUUGUAGAUGAAUAAUAAUGUGUGAUAAUGAACAGAAAACAGUAAUAACCUGUGUUCAGCAUCUGUGGUGGGCAAACCCUUUUUGUUUUAUUUGAAUCAUAAACUAUGCCAUGAAAUGUGAACUACACAAGUUAAGUUUAAUAGAGUAAAUAAAAAUCAUCUUUCUCCCAGAAACGGUUUUGGCAACUCUAUUUAUGUGACUCCUCAGCAUCUUGUCAAAUCUCUUUGUUGCACUUGUUCACAUGCUAAAAACACUACCACUAAAACAUAAAAAUAAAGAGAUGAUCCAAAACUAAGAGGGCAGACAUAGCCCCAGGAUGAAUAUGAUUAGUAAUCGCAUUUAGUUUGAGAGGGCAGCUGUAUCAUGCCAGCUGGCAUAUGCCACAGUGCCAGAUGGUCAGCACCACAGUGCCUGUUUUGACCAGCAGCAGAUUGAUAAGAGCCCAAAAUAAAUUUCAGAUCCUCCACUGGAGAGACACUUGGCUCUGGCAGCCAGUAGAGGGAGACAGUGUUUAUGUAAUCUUAGUCACAUUAGUGGUCAAAAGCAUCUC